AUGCCGCAAGCUGCACUGUCGCAGCUGUUUCGAGCUCUGGGCGCGGCCGCGGGGCGCGUUUGCAACUUGCGCAUUGCUUCGGCCUCUGCGCUGCCGCUCGACGUGGAGCAUCGCCUGAUUCAAGGCCAGCCGACGCGAAUCGAGGGCGAGCAUCCAAGGACGCUCUACACGGUCUCGAUCGGUGAGGCCAUGUCGUGCGGAGACCAGUCCAUCGACGAGGGGAGCGAAGUCCCUUGGCAUGCCCACGAAGCCAGUGAGGAAGUUCUGCGCUGCAUGGCGGGCACUGGCAGAAUCUACUGCGGGGACGUGGUGAAGGACUUCCUUCCUGGCAUCACGGUGCUGGUUCCCAAGCAAACGCCACAUCGAAUCGUCAACUGCUCAUGGUCCGAGAAGCUGUGGCUUUCCUGGACGCUGUCCCCGCCACAGUCGACGAAGCAGUUCCAGGCCGGGGAAAACCGAGUUCAGGCUGGCUGA